AUGGGGCGAGGACGAUGUGAAGGAAAGAGGGGAGAGGAGGGGGAAAGGCAGGGAAAGGGGGAGCCGGAGGAGGGGAGGAAGGCAGAGGGCGGCGAUGAACAAGGGGGGGGGAGGCAGGCAGGAGGGGGGAAGCAGAGGAGAUCAGGGAUGGUGCAAGGGGUAGCACAAGGAGCGGGCGAGCAAGGCAAAUGUGAAAGGGGGAGCAGGAGACAAGAAGGGGAAAGGGGGCAGGGAAGCAAGGGCACGGGGGGGCAGGGAGAGGGAAGGGCACGGGGGAAGCAAGGCCAAAGGAAGGGGGAUGCCGGCAAGCGGGCCACGGGCGAGCCAAGGCAAGGAAGGGGAGCCGAGGGCAGAGAAAGGGAAGGGGGAGCGAGGGGCGAAUCCAAGUGGAAAGGGGUGAGACCUAGGGGCAGAGAAAUGGGAGAGAAUGGGAAAGCGGGAGCCGAGGGCAGAGAAGGGAAAGAGGGGGAGAAGCGGGCAAAGGCGAAGCAAGCAAGGGGGGAGCCAAGGGGAAGGGAAAGGGACCAAGGGCAAGGGAGGAGGGGAGGCAAGGGGAGCAGAGGGGAAGGGAAAGGGGGAGCCAAGGCAAGGGGAGGAGGCGGAGGCCAAGGCAGAGGGGGCGACAAGGAAAAGAAGACAGGGGGAGCCAAGGGAAAGGGAGAGGAAAGGCAAAGAGAACGGGCUAAGGGCGAAAGGCACAGGGAGAAGGAAGGGGAGCACCAGACAAAGGAGAAAGGCAAAGGGGGGGGAAGGGCAAAGCCAGGGGGAAGGCGGAGAACACCCAGACGGGAGAAGGAAGAAGAGGAAGCAGAACGGACAGGGAAAAGAGGCGCACAAGGAAAAGACGAGGCGAACGAGGAGGGAGGAAAAGAAAGAGGAGGGGGAAGCCCAAAGAGACAAGGACCACGGCAGAGCGAAGCAGAGAAGCCAGGCGACACCAAAACGGAGACCCAGAGAGGGCCACGCAACGGGAAAACCAGAGGAAGAGCAGAGGAAGGGGGGGAGCGCAGGGACAGGGAGAGGAAACGCCAGCAAACGGCGAGCGGAGCGCGGGCGGACAGGGGGCAGAAGAGAAGAGAAGAGCGCGGACAAAAGAGACAAGAGGGCAAAAAGGAGAGCGGCGCGGGCCAACGGACAGAGGCGCAGACCAGCGAGAAAAGGAGGAAGAGAGGAAGACGGGAAGAAGAGGAAGAAACGAGAGCAAAGAGGAGCAGAAAGAGCGAAGCAGCAAGGAGCGAAGAGAGCAAGAAGCGAAAGAGCGAAAAGCGGCAAGGGGGAGAAAAAGAACGCAGAGAGCGGCAAGAGAAAAAGAGGCGGAGAGGGCGGAAACAGAGCAAAGCAGAGCAAAAAGAGCAAGGGCGGGACGGGAGAGAGGCAAAGAGAGAAAACACGCAGAGCGAGCAAGAGAAAGCAGGCCAGAGGGGGAGCGGCAGCAAAGAGACCGGCGCAGCAGGGAAGAGCAGCGACAGAGGCGCAGAAGGGGGAAGAAGAAGGGCGAAGAGGGCAAAAGGCGCGCAAAGGAAAGGGGGGCAGACAGGGAAGCGCGAAGGAGCAAAGGGCGGGGAGAGAGGAGGGAGCGGGGCAAAAAGAGGAGCCAAAAAGAAAGGAAGCGCAAAAGCCGACGAGGCGGACCAGCGGCAGGGGAGAGGAAGGGGACGGCGAGGCGCGAGCACCGAGAGCGAAGAAGGGGGGCAACAGACAAAGGAGGGAGGGAGCGAAAAGCAGAGGAGGGCGAAAGGAAGGCCAAAGAGGAGGAGGGGCAGGAAGCGCGAAAGGCGGCGCGAAGGGCCGAACAACCGGCAACCGCCAGGGCAGGAGAAAAGAAGGGGGAGGGAGGACGGACGAACAAGGGGCGCGGGGGGCAAAAAGGGAGAAGGGGAGGCGAAAAGGAGACAACAAAAAGGCGGCGCGGGGAAAAGGCAGCGCGCGCAGAACACAAGAAGAAAAAGGCGAAGAAAAGAAGGAGGGGGCGACAAGGGCCGCAAACCCGGACAGGGGAAAAGAAAGGGCCGGAGCCGAGCGGGAGCAAGGAGCAAGGAGGAGGCGGAGGAGGCAGCAGCAAGCGAGGAAAGGGCAGAGGCGGAGGAGGAGACGGCGCGAAGAGGCAAGGCAAGGGAGGGGAGGACAAGGGAAGAGGGGCGGAGGGCGCGGGAAGCAGAGGAAGAAGAGGGAAGGCGAAGGCGGGCAAGGCGGGGAAGGCGCGGGGGCGCGGGAAGCGAGGGACAAGCGAAGGCGAGAAGGGCAAGAGAGGAGGCGCACGCAGCCGCAACGCAAGGAGCGCAAGAAGAGGCGAAGGCGGGAAAAAGAAGAAAGGAAGAAAAAAGGGCAAGAGGCGGGACGGGAAGGGAGGAAAGGGAAGAAGGAAAAGAGGCAGCGGCAAGAAGAGGGGAAAGCAAGAGAGGGGAGAGAACAGAAGCGGAGAGCGACGAGGGCGACGGGCACGAAGGCGGCGAAAAGGAGAGAGAAAAGGGGGAGCAGGCAAAAGCCAGCAGGAGAGAGAACCGGAAGGGGGAGGACGCCACAGGGGCGCAAACCCCGCAAAAGCGGACGAAGGCGACGACGACGGGAAAGAAGAAAGGGCAAGGGGGAAAAGGGGGAAAAGGCAGAAGAGCACGAGGAGACAAGGACGGGGCGAGCAAGCAAACGCAAAGGGGAAGGGGGAAAGGCCGAAACAAGGGAGACGACGGCAAAGCAACAAAAAGGCGACAAGCAAAGAGAGGCCAAAGAGGCAAGGGCAAAAAGAGGGCAGAGAAAAGAGGGAAGCGGGGCGAGAAAGAAAGGGGGGAGAGGGAGCCCACGCAAAAAGAGGGGGGGGCAAGAGAGGGAAGCGGGGAGAGACCAAAGCAACCAGGCGCGGCCCAGGGGCCAAAAGAGAAAAAGAAGGGGCAAAACCCGGCGCCAAAAAGAGGGGCGAAGGGAGGGAGGAGGAGCGGGGCGCGAAAGGGGGACAAAGCGCCGCAGCGGAAGGAGCCAGAAGCAGGACAAGAAGACGCCAGAGGAGCGAGAGAAAGGGAGAAAACCAAAGAGGGGGAGGGCAGAGGGGGGAGGCAAAGGGGGAGGCAGAGGAAGGAGAAAGGGCAGCGAAAAGCGGGGGAGGAGCGGGCAGAGGAAGGAAGGGGGCGAGGAGAGGCAGCGACCAGCAAGGCGGGCAGAGGGCGGAAGAAAAGAGCAAGGGGGGGGGAAGAAGCCAGACACGGGGGAGGGGAGGAAAAAGCACAGAGCAAAAAGGAGCGCGCGGGACGAAGAAAGGGCACAAAAGGGGAACAAGGGGCAGAGGGAGGGGGGGAGACGAAGGAGACGGGGGAAGAGGAGGGGGGGCAGGGAAGGGAGGAGGGGGAAAGGAAGGCGCGAGAAAAGCCCAGCCCGCAGCCAGAAGAAGGGGGAAAGGCGGGAAAGAAGAAGGGGGGAGGGAGGCCGCACGGGGGAAGGGAGAGGCAGGACAAGGGGGGGAGCCAAGGAAGGAGCAAAGGGCAGGGGAGGGGGGAAGCAAGGGCAAGACAAGGAAAGGGAGGAAAGGCGAACCAACACGGCCAAGGCACAACAAAGGGAGCCACCCAGGACCAGGCACCCAGGGCAACCAGAGGGAAGAGGGCGCAAAAAGCACCCGCCAGAAGGAAGGAGGGGAAGAGCCAGGAAGGCGGGAAAACAAGAGCAGCGACCAGGGAAGCAGGGGGCACGGGGGAGCGAGCGCAGAGGGAACCAAAAGAAAGGGACGAAGCGCGCAAGGAGCCGGAGGGGAGAAAGGCGAGGCAAGAGGAGCGCGAGCAAGGCAAAAGAAAGGAGGGGGGGAACGGGGCCAAGACCGGCCGAACCACAAGGGGGAGGAACCAAAGGGGGCGGCCGGAACAAAGCAAACGAAGAAGGCGGGAGGGGAGGAAGAAAGCAAGGCGCGGGGCAAAAGGAGACGCGCAAGAAGAAGGAAGAGAGGGGGAGGAAACCGGGGCACCGGGGGCCGACGGGAAGCAAGCAGAAGGGCCGAGCCGACGCCGCACACAAAGAGGGCACCGGGGAGCAAAGGGACGGGAAAAGCGCAGGCGGGAAGGGGCGACGCGAAGAAGAAGGGGAGGGCGAACAACCCCCAGGGGGGGAGGGAAAAGGCGAAGGGGAGAAAGGCGACAAACGGAAAAAGGCAGGGGAGGGGGGGAAACAAGCACCGAGAGCGGGGGAGGAGACGGGGGCAAGGGGCGGGAGAAGCGGGGGAGGCACCAAAGGCCGGGGGGACAAAACGCGAGGGAGAAGGCAAGAGGGGGAGCAGAGGGAGGAGGGCAAAGAGAGGGGGAGGAGAGGAGGGGGGAAGCACGAACAAGGCGGGGGGGAGAAAGGGGCGAAGCGGAGGCAGAAGAAAGGCGAAAGGAGCAGGAGGGGGGAAGGGAAGGACGGCGGGGGCGGACAAGGCAAACAACGGAAAGAAGGAGGAGGCAGCAAGCAAGCAAAGGACACCCGCGACGGGAGAAAGAAGGGGGGCCGGGAGGGAAAAGCAGCGAGCAAAAGGCCAAGGAGCACAGCAAGAAGGCGAGACAAAGAGGAAGAGGGAAAGGAGGGCGAGCAAACAAAAGAGAGAGGAAGGAGGGGGGCACGGCGAGAGCGGACGGCAAGCAGGCCGGACAGGGCGGAGGCGGGGGGAGGGGGGGCAAGAGGCCAAGCAAAGCCAAAAGAAAGCCACCGCACCGCAACAAAGAAGAGCAGACGAGAGCGGAAAGGCACAAGCAAGGGGGGAGGGGGGAGCCAAAAGGGACAGAGGGGACGCGAACGGGGGGGCAGAGGCGGAGGGGCAGGGGGCAAAAGAGACAGAAAAAGCACGGCCGGGACAGGCCAGGGCGGGGGGGGAAGGCGGGGGCGGGGGGCAGCAAAAAGCAAAAGGCCAGCGCAACGAGGACCGCCGAGGCCGAAGAGAGGGCGGCAGGAAGGGGGGGGCGCAAAGGGGGGGAGGAAGCAACAAGGGAAGGAGGACGGAGGGAAGGGGGAGGACGGGAGGAGGGAGGGGAGAAGACGAGGGCAAGCGCGAGCACGCACAAGCCGGGGCGGCACGCAAGAACCAAACAGAGCGACAGGCGACAGCAGGGAGAAGGGAGCACGGGGAAAAGAAAAAGCGGAAGAGCGAAGAGAGCCCGACGGAAAACCAAGGGGCGGAGAGGCGCACGAAGCCGGGAGGCGAAACGAGAGGGCGACCGGAAGGCACGAGGGGGAAGGAGCGAAAGGAGCGAAGGAGCACGGAACGGAAGCGCGCGAGGGAAAGGGAGACGGGGGCGCAAAAGAAGGGGGGACGGGGAGAAAGGGGGGAGGGGGGAGGCAGGGGGGAGGCGAAAGAGGGAGGGGAGAAAAGGGCAAGAGGGGGAGGAAGGGAGGGGGGAGGGGCAGGGGGAGGGAACGGGAGAGCAGAGGCCAGGCAAAGGAAGGGGAGAAAAGGGGCAAGGCGGGAGGGAGGGGAGAAGGGGGGAAAAGGGCAGGGGGAAGGGGGAAGCAGGGGGGAGGAGGGGGGCAGGGGGCGGGAAAGGAACGAACGGGGGGCAGGAACAAGGGGCGCGAAAAAGGAGGGACCAGGGGGAGGGGAAGAGAGAGGGGCGAGGGGCAAAGGGAGGGAAGGGGAGGGGAGGGGGGGCGGAGAGAGGCAGGAGAGGGAGAGAAGGGCGAGAAAAGGGGGAGAAAGCGAGAAAGGAGGGGGGGAGGGGCGAAAAGAGGGGGAAGCGGAGGAAGAGGGGGAGAGAAAGGGGGGCGAAGGAGAAAGGAGGAAGAGGGGGGAAGGGGGGAAGGGCCAAAGGAGAGGGAGGGGAAGGAGGAAGGCCGGGAGAGGGGGGAAGAGGGGGAGGGGGGAGGAAGGAGGGGGGGAGGAAGGGGGCGACGAACGAGAGGGGGAGGGGAGGAGAGGGGGGGACACGAGGGGAGAAGGAAAGCAGGAGAGAAAGGAGGAAAAGGAGAGGGGAAGGGGGCAGCAAACCGCCACCCAGAAACGCCGACCCGGGCGAAACCGCCACCCAACCGAAACCGCCCCCCAGAAGCCGCGCCGAAGCAAAGCGGGCCAAACAGAGGACCCGCGCGCGCGCAAAGCGACACCCCCAGCGCGCCGGGCAGAAAAGCGACGCGCGAAGCGAGCCCCACAAACAAAGCGCAAGGAGAGCAGAACCCAAAGCCGGCCGAAGGGGCGCGGCAAAGCGCCACCCGCGACACCGGACGGGCAGGGGGGAGGGCGAAAGAGGGGGGAGCAGGAAAGGCGCGGGGCGGCGCAGGAGGACAGGGGCGCGGGCCGCGGAACACGCGCGAGCAGAGGACGCAGCGACCCGAAACGCACCCAAGCGACACACCGCAACCAAAGGGGACAAGGGAGAAGGCGCAGCGCGCGCGCGGAAAGGCGAAAAACCCCGGCGAGGCAGCCGCCGCAGAGAAACCCCGCACGGAGAGCGCAAAAACGCGGGCAAGACCGGCAGAAGAGCAGAAAACGCGCGCGCAAAGGAGCGCGCCGCGAGCAAGCGAGCGGAGCAGCAGGGCCCAAGCGGGAAGAAAGCAAAGGGAGCCGAGGGCGGCCCGCGCGCAACAAGGGACGAAGGGGAGGGGGCGCAAGCCGGAGGGGGGCAGACGAGGGGCGACCAACAAGGACACGGCCGAGAAAAGGCGGCAAGCGGGAAAAGACGGGGGACGGGGGAGGGCGGCACCGACAACGACGGGGGAACCGGGGAAGAAGAGGGAGCCGAAGGGGAGCGACAGGCAGGCGGGGAAAAGGACGCGAGAAAAGCGAGAGGGGGAGGAGCAGAAGGGGCGAGCACGGAAGAGGACAGACACAAGGGCGGCAACGGGCCGGAAGCGCAGAGAAGGCCAGAAGCGCACAGCGAGGGGGGGCAAAAGGGGGGAACGGAGAGGCGGGGGCCGACGGCGCCAAGGGGCGCGGAGGGAGCCGCGCAGAAGAAGGGAGGGAAGGGGAAGAGGAGAGGGGGGGGACAGGAGGGACAAGAGGCGGGAACACAAACGGGGAAGGACGGAAGAGGGGACCGCGGCAACAGGGGGCCGGAGGGACGGAAGCAGGAAAGGAAGAAAAGGCAAAGGGGCAAAAGGGAGCGACAGGAAGAGGGGGAGGGGGGGCAGGCGGCCAAACCAAGGAAGAAACCGGCGGGAGGGGACCGAGGCGAGCAAAAGGGGGAGAGGGGCGCAGCAGGGGAGAACGGCGAAGGAAGAAGACAAGGCCAAGGAGAAAACACAAAAAGAGGGGAAGGGACAGAGCGCGCGGCAGAAAAGGCAGGCCGAAGGGGGGAAAAAGGGCAAGCCAGAGAAGAGGACAAGAAGGGGGGAGGGCGACAAGGGCAAAAACACCGCAGAGGGCCAGACCGAGAAACAGCAAAGCAAGCGCAACCGCAAGGAAGCAAAGGGGAGCAAGCAAGCGAGCAGGAAGAGAGCAAGAAGCCAGCAGGACGGCGAGGGCAGGGGGGCCGAGCAAAGAGGCCGAACCAAACGGGGGGCCGAAGGAGGGGAGGAGACGACAAGAAGGGAAGGGGCAGGAGGGGAGGGGCAAAGGGCGAAGGAGCGACAAAGAAGACGCGCGAGGCAAGCGGCAGCCGAAGGAAGGGCAGGACCGAGAGGGGGGACGCAGCGCGCAGGCAAGAGGAGCCGGAGCGGGGAAAGAAGGGAGAAGGGGGCAAACGGGGAGAGAAGGGAAACGGGAAAGAGAGCAGGCGGGCAGGGCAAAAAGCACCCCAGAGGGGAGACGGAGGGAAGAGGGGGCCGGGGAAGGGGGCGGAACGAACGGGAGGCGAGAGGCACGCAACAGGGAGGGAAAGCAAGGGGAGCACAGGAAGCGACACGAGAAGGCAGCCAGACAAAAAGGAAAAGCACCAAGAAAAGGAGGCAGGACGGCGCAAGACCGGGGAGCCGAACAAGAGAGACAGAAGGAAAGGGCACGGCAGGGAGCGCGACAAAGGGCAGGGGAGGACACACAGCAGGAGCCAGGGAACACAGCGCGGGGGGAGAAGGAAGGGGGGAGGAAAGAACGGAAGGGACGGCACGCAGGGAGGGACCAAGCAGAAGCACGGAAAAGCAGAGGGACAGACCGGGGAAAGGCCAGGAGGCGGCGGGAGGGAGAGCGGAGGGACCCCCACACCAAGGAAGGGGAAGCGGGAGGGCAAGGAACAACGGGGGGGAGCCAAGGAAGAACAAGGGGCAGAAGAAAGAAGAAGAGAGAGACCAGGGGAAGGGGCAGGAGAAGGGGCGACGGAGAGGAGACGGCAAAGCACAGAGGAGGGAGCCAGGGGAGGGCCGGGACACCAGACCGAGGCGACCAGGCCGACCAGGGACCCGGGGCGAGAAAAGGAAGAGGAGGGGCAGACAACGACACGAGAACAGAAGGCGGAGAAGAAGAAAGGGGGGAGCGCAAGCAAGAAGCCGAAGCACCGGAAGAAGAAGGGAGGCAACGGAGGGAGACAGGGGGCGCACAGAGCCGAAGAGAAGGCCAGGCGGAGCCCCGCAAAACGGGGGGCAGAGGAAGGAGCAAGAAGGAGGGCAGAGGGGCAGCCGGAGGGGCCAAAGGGGCCGAAGCCAGGGAGGGGGGGGGCAAACAAGGGGAGAAAAAGGGGGGGAACAAAACCAAAAGCGAGAACAACAACACACGGAGACACGAGGCAAGCGGAAGGAAGGAAGGGAGCAGCAAAAGAGGGGGAAGACGCCAGAGGGACAAAGCAGAAAGAAGGGGAAAGGAGAAGGGACAAAAGGCGGACGGGAAGGGAGGCAGCGCAGGAAGAAGGAACGGGAAGCAGCGGAAAAGAGGACACAACGAACGGCACGGGAGACAAGAGCAAAGCAAGGCAAGACCAAGAAAGCCGAAGCAACAAACGGGAAGCGGAACGCGCAGGGACAACAAACAAGCGGGACAACGGGCAAACCGGGGCCAGGGAAACACACAACAGGGGGGAAACGGGGAAGGCAAACCAAGACCGAGAGGGGAAGACCCGGGCAGGGGGGGGGAGAACGCCAAAAGGGGGGAAGAAAGGCGCAGGCACGGGGCGGGGCAACAACAAGAAGGGAGGCGGGGAAGCCAACAACAGCCAGGAAGGGCGACGCAAGGGAGAGGCCGAAGCCGCGGACAAGCCGCACAAGGACCAGCGCAGAGGGGGGGGCGCAGGGCGCGAAGCCGAGGCGGGGGACGAGGACAGCGAAAGGGGGCGGAACAGCGGGGCGGGGGGAAGGCGCGAAGGGGACCGCCACGCAGACAACAAGAGGGACGAAGGAAAAGCGACCAAGCAGGAGCAAGAAAGGGCCGGCAGCCGAGCAAGCCCAAGGGAGCGCGGAGAAGAAGAAAGAAGAAGAAGGCAAAAGGAAAAGAACCGAGAGGGGGGAGGAACGAAGAGAGGGCACCGGAAAGAGGGGCAGGAAGCGGGGAGAAGAAAGAAGCGGCGAAGAAGGGGGCGGAGGGGGGGAAAACGGAGGGCGGCCGGGCAACAAGAGCAAAGAAGCGGGGGACAGGACAGGGCCGGACAGCGGACAAAGAAAGGGCAGAAGGCAAAGGGCAAAGAGGAGGGCGGCAAGCGCAGAGAACAGGGCAAGGAAAGGGGGAAGAAAGACGGGGGGGGAAGAAACCCAGAAGGGAAGCGGAAAAGGCGCGGAAGCGGAGAGGCGCGAGGGGCGAACCGCGGGGGCGGGGGGCGCGAGAAAGGCGAAAGAGAGCAAGAAGAAGGGCCCAGGGGCGAGGGGGAGGCGGGAAGGGAGGGGGGAAGGGAAGGAGACGGGCGGGAAGGAAAAGACAAGAAAGAGGGACAAAGGGAAGAAGAAGAGGAAGGAGAGAAGAGGCACGGCAAGGCGACGCAAAGAAGAGAGCCAGAAGAAGGGGCGGGAAGAAAAGGAAGAGGGGAAGAAGGCAGGAAAGGGACGGGGAGAGCAAGCAGCGAGGGAAAGAAAGAAGGACAGCAAAGAGGAGGGGAGAGGGAAGCAAAAGGGGACGGACGAAGGGGAGGAGGCGGGAGAGAGGAGGCGAAAGGGCGCAAGGGCGAAAACGCACCAGCAACAAGGGGACAAGGGAAAAGGGAGAAGGCAAAGGAAAGGAAGCGGAGGGAGGGGGCGCGAGGGGAGCGGGGCGCAGGACAAGGGGAAGGGGAAGCAAGGGCACGGGGGGGCAAGGGAGAGGCAAGGGCACGGGGGAGCCGAAGGCAAGAAGGGAAAGGGGGAGCCGAGGGCAGAGAAAGGAAAGGGGGAGCAAGGGCAAGGAAGCAAGGGAAAGGGGGAGCGAGGGCAGAAGCAAGGGAAGGGGAGCAAGGGAGGAAGGGAAGGGCAAGGCAGAAGAGGGGAGCCAAGGGAGAAGGGAAAGGGGAGCAAGGGAGGGGAGAGGCAAGGCAAAGGGGGAGCCAAGGGAGCAAGGGAGAAGGGAAGGGGAGCAAGGCAAGGGAGGGGGAGGAGGGGAGGCAAGGCAAAGGGGGGACCGAGGCAAAGAAGACAGGGAGAGCAAAGGGAAGGGAGAGGAAAGGCAAGACAGGAGAAGGCGGGGAGCCAAGGGCGAAGGCAAAGGCAACAAGGCAAAGGGGAAGCAAGGGAAAGCACCAGGAGAGGGGGGAGCCAAGGGCAAGGCAAAGGCAAGGGGGAGCCAAGGACAAGGGAGAAAGGCAAAGGGGGGGCCAAGGACAAGCCAAGGGAAAGGGGGGGGCAAGGACAAAGGAGAAAGGCAAAGGGGGGGGAAGGGCAAAGCCAGGGGGAAGGCGGAGAACACCCAGACGGGAGAAGGAAGAAGAGGAAGCAGAACGGACAGGGAAAAGAGGCGCACAAGGAAAAAGACGAGGCGAACGAGGAGGGGAGGAAAGAAAGAGAGGGGGAAAGCCCAAAGAGACAAGGACCACGGCAGAGCGAAGCAGAGAAGCCAGGCGACACCAAAACGGAGACCCAGAGAGGGCCACGCAACGGGAAAACCAGAGGAAGAGCAGAGGAAGGGGGGGAGCGCAGGGACAGGGAGAGGAAGACGCCAGCAACGGCGAGCGGAGCGCGGGCGGACAGGGGGCCAGAAGAGAAGAGAAGAGCGCGGACAAAAGAGACAAGAGGGCAAAAAGGAGAGCGGCGCGGGCCAACGGACAGAGGCGCAGGACCAGCGAGAAAAGGAGGAAGAGAGGAAGACGGGAAGAGCAGGAAGAACGACGAACAAGAGAGCAGAAAAGGCGAAGCAGCAAGGAGCGAAGAGAGCAAGAAGCGGAAAGAGCAGAGAGCAAAAGGCAGACAGAGCAGACCAAAAGCGGCAAGGGAGGGAGAAAGAAAAAGAACGCAGAGAGCGGCAAAGAGAAAAGAGGCGGAGAGGGCGGAAACAGAGCAAAAGCAGAGCAAAAGAGCAAGGGCGGGACGGGAGAGAGGCAAAGAGAGAAAACACGCAGAGCGAGCAAGAGAAAGCAGGCCAGAGGGGGAGCGGCAGCAAAGAGACCGGCGCAGCAGGGAAGAGCAGCGACAGAGGCGCAGAAGGGGGAA